AUGGCUUUAGAGACAUGCGGAAGCUGUCUGAGUUGUCUGCUGAUACCUCUCGCGCUUUGGAGCAUCGUUGUUAACAUCCUCUUGUACUUCCCCAAUGGGAAAGCUUCACAUGCUGCCAGUUACCAGCUUCCCAACUACGUGUGGUAUUUCGAAGGGAUCUGUUUCUCAGGUGUGAUGAUCCUUCUGCUGGCAGUAGCUCUCAUAGCGCUGGAGUGCAGCGUGUUCUAUCGGUGCUGCCAGAGCGAGAGCUGUAACAAAACCUACCGGAGUUUUAUUUCAAUUGUGCUAGCCCUGCUUGGAGCUGCUUUCUCUGGGUACAGCUGCAUCAUUUUUACCGUGGGGCUGAUCCAAGGCCCCUUCUGCAAUUCGUCAGGUGGCUGGGAUUACAUCUUCAAAGACACUGCCGGAGGGUACCUCACAGAUUACUCUGCCUGGUCACGGUGCACCGAACCCGCUAACAUCGUGGAGUGGAACAUCAUCUUGCUCUCUGUUCUGAUUGCUCUCAGCGGGCUGCAGUUGAUAAUCUGUUCUCUCAAAGUGGCUGCUGAGCUGAAGCGGACACUCUGCGGGACCUAUUCUGUUUUUGUGCAGGUUCAUGAACGCAGAAUGAAGCUGUUCUUCCUAAACUGCUUGCUGGUUUUGUGCUGUUGCCGAGCUGGGGCAGUGAACAGGGAGUACUACAUCGGCAUUACAGAGACAGUGUGGAACUAUGCCCCUGGGAACACCGAUAUCGUAUCUGGACAGCUUUUUGCAGAAGAAGAACACUCAGUGUUGGUGCAGCGACACAGCCAGGUCCCUCCAUCCACAGCGGAGGAGCUGGAUCACUUGUUACAAGACAAGAAGGGUCCUGUGCAGAGUGAGAGUGAUGA